UUGUUGCGCGCGCCACCCUCGAUUUAUUAAAUCCGCAAGACGUCGCGUGGAAAACGGAAGUAGAGUAGUACAUUAAACUCCUCCGGCUGAAUGUAGAACAAAUUCGAACGUUGUCAUCUGUUCCUGGAAAUCGUAGUUUCAUUCUGCGAGUUGAGAUGCUUAUAUGGAAACUUAUUGCGUGCGAGGCAAUAUAUGUUGACAAGGUCACGAUCAACUUGUGCCAACACUGAGCAACGUACUGUGCUACAAUACAUGUUUUGAGAUUUGUUCCACGUGAGGGAAGAAAGUGAAGAUCAACAUCCACGCUAGUGUUGGACUGCAGAAGACUGGGGGGAUAACAGGUUUUCUGCAUAAUUUGAAUCAUGGCUACACAUCCUGCAAUCCAGGCAAUCAUUGACUUCACAGCUGGAGCAAUAGGCGGCACAGCUUGUGUGCUGAGCGGUCAGCCAUUUGACACCGCAAAAGUGAAGAUGCAGACGUUCCCCACCAUGUACCGCGGCUUCAUCCACUGCUUCAUAUCCACCUUCAGACAGGUGGGACUCCGCGGUCUCUACAAAGGCACCACCCCGGCCCUUGUAGCCAACAUCAGUGAGAACGCCGUGCUCUUCUUGAGUUAUGGACUCUGCCAGGAUGCGGUCCGCUUCAUGUCCAGGGUGGAUAAAGGGACGGAGCUCAGUGAUGUACAGAAGGCAUCAGCAGGGUCUUUAGCCUCCAUCUUCUCUGCCAUGGCAUUGUGCCCCACCGAGCUGGUGAAAUGUCGCUUGCAGGCCAUGCACGAAAUGGAGGCAUCUGGCAAAAUUGCAAGUGGACAGAGGAGCACAGCAUGGACAGUAGUGAAGACGGUCUUGAAGACAAAUGGUCCCCUUGGUUUCUACCAAGGACUGACCUCCACCAUCGUGAGGGAGGUACCAGGUUACUUCUGCUUCUUCGGGGCGUAUGAAGUGUGUCGGUCUACGUUUGCACAGCACAUGGGCACAGAUAAGGACGGUAUAGGUAUUCUUCCACUCAUGUUCAGCGGUGGAUUUGGGGGAGCUUGCCUUUGGUUGGUGGUCUAUCCUAUAGACUGCGUCAAGUCCAGGAUCCAGGUGUACUCCUUAGCUGGGAGGCAAGAGGGUUUCAUGAAAACCUUCAUGGGUAUCAUACGCACUGAAGGGUUCAUUGCUCUGUACUCAGGCCUGACUCCUACAAUGAUUCGCACCUUUCCUGCCAACGGAGCCCUCUUCCUGGCUUAUGAGCUUAGUCGCAAGUUUAUGAUGGAGUCAGUUGGUGCUUGAUGUUGAGUGGUUUUCCACCACCGUCAGCAGGUAUUCUCCUGAAACACUGACAUUUCCCCUAACAUUUUUAAAAUGACAUGACUAAAAGUUUUAUUUUGUCUUAAAAUCUGGUGCAAUGUGACUUUAAAAAAUGAUGCACCUAUUGUUGUUUUUGGUGCUGCUGUAUUAGAAUAUCUUGUCAGAAACAUGAAUACUGUUUUUCUUUACUGUGCUGGCUACAGUAAUUAAAAAGUAGUUUUAAUCUUAACAUUGAUAAAAUGGAAGUAUUUGAUACUUAAUAUACAGUGGAUCUAUGAACAUGUUGUGAACAGAGUGUUCACAAAGGUUUUGCUAGUCAAAUCAGAACAAAUACUAAGAGAGAAUAAUGUGAACAGCCAGUUCAACUGGUCUUAGAAGCAGUUCACCUCUACUUAAUUACUACACCCACAACUACAUUUUAUACUAUCAAGCUGAUUGAAUCCUCAAGUAAAUUUGGAAGGUAUCCAUUCCAUUCUUUUCUUUACCAAGCAAAGCAAAUCUUGAGUUGCCUAUCCAGGCCACAAGAGGGUGAUAUUCACACUAAACUGCAUUGUAGUGCUGCAGCAGGAAAAGGGACAAUACAUUGUUGCUUGUAUUCUGUUAAAAGGCAAUUUGUAAUAAUUUCAUAAGAACAUUUAAAGAUAUUUUUAAGAUUGUAAUUACAUGUUUGGAUUUUUUUUUUAAGUACAUUCUUUAAACAGCUUCUCAGUCCAUCUCAACACACUGUGAUAUGUGAUAUGUGAGUAUCUGUGAAUCUAACACAGAUUCAGGUAUAAAAAUAUCAAAAUAAACCAAAGAAUGAAAUAAAAAGUGGAAUUAGAUUCCUGUUCCUGAGGUGCCAGAUAUUUAAAGAAAUGAAGUCACCUUGAAAGAGGGUUCAAUCUGUAGUGGAGUUUGUCUUUUGAACAUACUUAAGGUAAAACAAACAAACAAAAACACUGCUUUAGAAACUCCACGAUUUCAAUUAUUUAUUUAUUUUUUCAAAAGGGCAAAGUGUGCCUGUAGUGAAUAACAUUUUGAACAAAUGCAGCUGGAAUUCACCUGCCAAUCAUGUAGUGAGCUGGCUGUCAUGUGACCAAGUAUCAUGUGACAGUUGAUUGCUGGGACCUCACUGAAACAUUAUGAUAAUGAGCAGCUCAUAUGUCAGAUCUUAUGACUCGCACUGUGCACUGUACAGCUUAACAUCAUAGAAGUGACUUGGUCAGGCUGUUUACACUACAACUUACUCAUAUUGCUCACAGUUACAUAACAGUGCUAUUAAUACAUUUAAAAUUCUUUCAUCUUUGUAAUUUCAUCUCUUUCUGUAUUUUUCUCUCUCCUGUGCCUGUUAAAAUGUUUUUUUUUUUUACCUAUAGGGCAACAUGAAAUCUUUUUUCUAUAUAUAUAUAUAUAUAUAUAUAUAUAUAUAUAUAUUUUUUUUUUUUUUUUUUUUUUUUUUUUUUACUGUUUUUACACAAAUUAAAUGUGGAGAAACUCCAGUUGUAGGGGGAGACAUGAACAUAAUCACACAUCAUCUUGUUCCUGACCAAGCUCUCAUGUUUCACCACUUGGAUGCCACCUAUUGCUUAUUCAUAACCUGCACUCAGCAGGUGUCAGACUCCUGGACGUGAAUGUAACAGUAUAUUGGAAAAGCACAAGAGCUAAAUUAUAAGCUUUCCACUACAGGAGCCACAUAGAGGCUGGUUAGAUCCUGUGGUUCAUGUUACCUGCUGGUGCCCACUAGGUGAGACCAAGAGUCACACACCAAGUAGUAUGAGUUUAUGUGCAUGUCUCUGGGUCAUGGAAAGCAACAUGUGAUGAGGGAAGGGGAGAGACCACACCCCGCAGGGAGUAGAGACAGGUAAACAAGUGCAGCUCUGGUUCAGUCGCUCCAUCACUCCAACAACACAAAUCACUAAUGAUCUCAACAACGUCCAGCACAGCAGAGAUGGUUACGCAAGGUAAACUUCAGAUCAACACUGUGGACAAUAUCGAAGUGAUGUGACUUCCCUCAGAGAUUAAUUACAUCAUGUGGAUCUACAACACUUCGCUACCUGAUUGCCUGAAUGUUUUGUGUCAUCUUUAAUAAAAGGUGAUAUCCCACUGGA